UGUUGAAUCAAACAGCCGUUGGUCGUUUCUUGUGCUGUUUUGUGUUUUUGUUUCCCGUCGUGUUGCGUGCGGAACUACUGGCCACGAACAAUGGAGGAAUCUAGCAAGGUGCUGGAAACACUGAAAAAGAUUGGUGGUAUCGAUGUGCGCCAUCUGUGGAUCAUACACGAUGAAACGUUUCGCGAGUUUUUCGAUUGGUUUACAAAAAUUGACGACGGAAAUCUCGUCACGGAUCUGCUGCUUAAAAGCUAUCAAGAACUCGUUCGUAACGGAACCGUUUUGAGUGAUACGAUAUUGGAAGAGCAACUGCAAGAACUAAACCAGGAAUACGUUAACAUUCUUGAUUACAACGAUCGUGAUGUGGAAGCGUUGGAACAGCAACUGGAACAGCUUGUCGAGGUGGAGGAAAAGUACGAGAAGCUUCUCAACGGUGCAAAGAAAACGGACAUCGCCCUCACGAAGGAACUGUCCGAGCUGGAUCGUAAUAUUCGAGACCAGGAUUACUUGCUGGAAAAAGUGGCAUCGAAUGGCAUAGAAAUGGCUCGACAGUUAGAAGAAAGUCAGCAAGCGACCCAGCAGCAAAUAUCGGAUUUGCACCAUUGCUACUACCAACGGCAAAAUCCACCCAUUUUCAUCUAUCAAAUGCCGAUUGAGCAAUUCGAUGCCAAGUGUGACCAGUUUCUGAAGUAUCUGGAGAUGUACGUGAAGAAGCACUUUACGGUGAAACGGCUGGACGCUUCGAAAUCGACGGACGACGUGGAUAAUCAGCAGGUGAUCGAUGAGCUGGAAGGUAUUAAGAUGCGGCUGGAUGCGGAAGAGCUGAAACUGCUCGAGGCAAAGCGAGAAUAUGCCGGUGUGAUGAAGCUGGUGGAACGGUUGCAGGACCACAGCUGGAUGCCGAUGAAGGUGUCCGCCUUAAAGAAGCAGUGCCUGGAGCUGAAGAACGCAAACGAGCAGGAUCUGUUACGGAUGGAUUUGCUAAAGCACGAGCUCGAUAUGCUUAUCCGGCACGUAAACGAGCUGAAAAUCGAAUCCGUGCUGUACGAGAACAAUCGGGCCAAGCUGGACCGUGCCGUGAGCCGGCUCGAAUACAUACAGCGCCUCGACGAAAGCAUCUCGCGAGAGCUGAUGAACGCCGAGUUGCUAUGGAUACUGAUGCAGCUCGAUUUGGAGAAGAUACGCGAUCGGUUCGAUAAUGCGGACGAAAUGAACGGAGACUCGAAACGCUGCUUCAAGCGCAUCGAUACGAUGAGACAGAUCGAGAAGAACGCACUGCAGGAGGAAGCAUAUGGUGAAUAUUUGGCACAGCUAUCAGCCCUGGUAGCACAGGACAGCGCAGGUAGCGCAGAAGAGUCCGCGCGCGGCAUGAAGGUGUGUCUGCAGCACUUUUCCGGUCUGUUGAAGCGUCUGUCGAAAAAGUGUGAAUCGAUUGCGAAGGGCAAAUACCAUCGCAAGGCCGAGGAACUGCUGGAACAAUUAAUUACGCAGGAAACGCUGCUGUCACGCUUCGUGUUCGAUGGUCCGCUCAACUAUCCCCAAUUCUACGACCAGGAGUAUCUGGAGCGGGUGCAAAAGCUCGGGUUUGCUUUGAGUCAGCUUGAGCGAGAGUUUAGAAACGUUCGAAAAGAUUUUGUACAAAACAUCGAAGAACCGAAGCAAAAUCAAAAGUACUGGCUGUACAACCAGCGUCUCUGGGUCUGGUUCCUGACUGAACCGAAGAAGGUGGCCUUUGCCAUCAAGGAAAUAACGGCAGCAGCGUCCAAAACGGCUAGCUACAAGGGCAUAUCCGGUAUCAAGUGUAAAUCGAUUGCGGAUGAUGCCAAGUUUUAGUUUUAGUGCGCCGCUAGUUACCGUAAGUUUGCUGAUCGUGAGAUAUUAUUUUAAAAUGUUAAAUUAAGUUUCAUUACUGAAAUAAAAGAAGAAAAUGAAUAUUUUAAGGAAACAUCGACCGGGAGUCUAAAGAUGUAGCUACUGAAUAAAAUAUUGAUGAACACGAGAA